AUGCUUCAGACGACAGACUUCAACAAGGGAGCUGAAGUUCAGCGCCGUGGAUACCGGUUUCCAGCUCUACCGGGCCGUCCAUUCCCGUUAUCAAUGGGAGAUGAUCGACGUUUUAAGGAUGCAGAAAGGGCUAUUUUGAAAGACUCGUCAAAUAAGUUUUUGUCUAUUCCAGAUCCAAAUGAAGGUGUGCUGAAGGUAGCAACCAGAGUUGCCGUCACCGACAUUAAACCAGUAGUAGAUGAGAGCCUAGAGAUAAUCGUGCACUUGCAGUCUGUGUGGACAGACGGACGUCUGCAGGUAGCGUCCCUGGCCCCAAACCAGAGCGUUGCGCUUCCGGAAGUGCUACUGUGGCGGAUGUGGACGCCGGAUGUGUACCUGGAACCCGAGUGGAAUAGCGCGGGAGUUGAUGAGAAAAGGGGUGUCCGAAUGUUCGCUUCCGGCGUUAUGGGCGAGAGUAGGAGGAUGAAGGCGACGGUACCAUGUGAGGUUAGCCAUGCCUGGCUGGCCAAGGAGAGGAUGAAGGCGACGGUACCAUGUGAGGUUAGCCAUGCCUGGCUGGCCAAGGAGAGAAUAUAUCUCCUAGAUUCGCACCACGAUGAGGAAUUAGAACUGUACUGGUUGCUGGAUGAGCCCCUGCAGCUUAAGUUCAGCGCCGUGGAUACCGGCUCCCAGCUCUACCGGGCCGUCCACUCCCGUUGUGAAUGGGAGAUGAUUGAUGGUCAUCCGUCAUCAUGUUUGGAGGUUCAGUUUCACAUUACUCGGAAGUUCAAGUCGAUCUUGUUCCGUGUGUACCUACCAAGCUUUCUGGCGGUCAUGAUGGCAUGGGCAAGCUUCUGGAUUCACCGUGACGAGGCGUCCGCGCGCAUCAAGCUUGGGACGCUUGUCAGCUGGGUGGUUGUCACAGAGUACAUGUCCAUCGAGUAUGCCUUCCCGCGGUACCUUGACUACCCGGCAGGAAACGUGUGGAUGAUUGGCUGUGUCGUGUUCACCUGGUUGUCCUUUAUCCUAUACGUGGCGAUCCACGUGGUCCGCCGGAAGGAGAAGACGGCCGCGCGCCACGAGGAUGAACGUGAGAAGGCGAAGGACAAGUACCAUAAACGGACCGGGGAGCGCCUUCAGACGGCCAUGUUGACAAACGAGGACUAA